AAUAUUACUGCCAGUUUAAAACAGUCGGCUCAGUCGGCUCAGUUGGCUUUGUCGUAUUCUGGGAUUUUAAAGUUAUCUACUUAAGCCUGAACGCUCUCGCUCUGCGUUUAAUAGCUGUAAGAUGUUGAUACCCUUAUAAUGGUGUCUUCAUAAUUACAGAAAAUGUAGUGGUCGUAAAAUCUAGCCGGUAAAUUUUUUUUACUUAAAUAAUGACUUUGACGCGGCAACUAGCCAUACAACUACAUAUUUGCAUCGAAACAUUGUUACAUUGACGGAUAGACUUUUGCGACUAUUUUUAAGAUAUAGCAACUACCAUAAAUGUAAAUUUUAUGCGACUAGAUUGGUAUUAGACGAUGGUCUAGUUUUUGAAUCCAAGUGAUAGCUAAACCACGCCCGGUCUGAUCUGCCCGGACAGCAGCCAGCACCACAAGAAACCUUCUUUUUUUUUUCACCGUUUCCUAUUUACCAUAAUAUUAUUACGAAAUGCGAAGCUAUUCAGACGCCAAUAAGCAACGAAUCACUGAUCUUAAUGCUAAGAUUAGAGAAAUGAUUCAAGAAACAACAGAAAUCUUGGUCAAAGAAGAAAACGUUUCCAGGGCAGAGGCGGAAGCCUCAAUUGGCUUCCAUUACGAGGCAACUUCAAUGGUUUUGAUAAAACGUAAAAGCCCUUACAAUGUUUUUACUGAAAGACUGGCAGCCGAAAAAAAAGCUGAACCCCACUCUGGCGACCAACCUCGAGGUAGUUUCCAAAGGGAGGCCUCGCAACUCUACCAGGCACUAGGACCGGAAGACAAAGCCGAUCUCGUGAAAAGUGUGCGGAUCGACUCUAACUUGAGUGAAACCUCGAAGCAUUCGCGUCAUGCCCGGGCAGUCAAGAAUUUCAAGAACCACUUGACCGCUUACAAUACCAUUUGUGGUUCGAAUUUCCUGCUGCUUUCUGUCUACCAGAACCCUUUGCCAUUGGAAGAUGGCAGCGUAGCUCCCGUGGUAGACUUGUUUUCGGCUGGAGCGCACUGUGAUGCGCUGAAACUUGAGUUGGGUGGCCUAAUCCAGAACAAUAUGCUGGAACGUCUGGGGGCCGAAAGUAGGGCAAGCAAAAAGGCUAAAAUUUACGACGAGAGCGCCAAUCGUUUAAGAAAAGAAUACAGGGAAAGACUUUUGCAGCUGUACCAAAAAUGCCCCUGUACGGAGAAUGCAAAAGCCUUUCCCUACAAAAAGCUUUGUGAUGGAACUGCUGACUUGGUCAUGCGUGGUUGGCCCCAGGGCGUCCCUGUAAAGCACGCUUCAGAGCAAAGUACUAGGUGUAUGAAGAUUGUCCUGAGGGCCAUAAAUGCAAACAAAAUUUCAUUUGUUUUGCCGGAGGAAACGAUGGAGCAAUGAAGGUGAUUGUAUUAUAUAUAUAUAUUUUUUUUAAUAAAUCUACUUUUUAAAAAUA